AUGCGACAUUUGGCAUGCAACGCUGGAUUUUGGCCUGCGCCUUUAAUUUUACAAAAGCCUCCUCGCACUCUGUGUAUUUUACAAAAAGCCCCCCGCCCUCUCUCUCUGCAUCGAUUCCCCAUUCGUAAAUCCCUAGCCGUCGCCCUCCCCUUUGCCGUCGCCCUUGUUCGCCGCCAGCCGUCUUCGCCUUCCCCUUCGACGCCAGCCGUCUCCGCCGCCCUCUUCGUCGGCAGCCGUCUCGGUCGCCCUGUCGAGAUGAAGGGGUGCACAUCAUUGAGCGGGAAGCAGCAGGCAGGACGCCGUGGAGCAGGGGCGUCGUCAUCCUCAAGCCACCCUCUCCCGCUCAAUGGAUGUGACCUCGCCGGUGCCGACAUGACGAAGGACGGCGAGCCUUGGGCGAAAAUCACCGGAGAGGUGCGCUACAUGGAUGUCGAUUUCUGCAAGGGGACUGAAAACCUACCUGAAUUUGACUGGAGUAUACCUCUAUCCUCUCCUGAUGCUGCUUUCAAUGGCAGUGACAAAAGUGACCAUUGUUGCCACUUACUGAACCCUGCGAGAAGAGUUUGCUCUGAUGGAUAUGACUAUGGUCGUAGAUUUCUUGUUUGUCCUCGUGAGGGUUAUGAUACAUGUGCUUAUCUGAAGUGGGUGGACAAAGAAUGGCAGGGGAGACCUAGGCAGGUGAUUGGCAAACUUGCUGAAGAGAAUGUGGCUCUUCAAAAAUUUGUGUUUGACAAGGAUGCUGAAAUUAUGAGGCUGAAGGAAGAAAGGAAGGCCAUGAUCAUGAAGCACAAGAAGGAGAUCAGAACUAGGGAUAGGAGGGAAAUUUGGUUAGCCUGUUUGGUCUGCUGCUCCGCACUGUUGUAUGGUGUUGUAGCACUAGUGAUAAGAGGUUUUGUGUAGCACUAGUGAUGUUAGAGGUGAAACUAUUUGUUAUCAGUUGCUACUUGUACUGAUUAUAUGAAAUCAGUGGCUACCUAUUAUCUAUGUUCAGUGUUGUAAACAUUCCAAACUGGAAUCAGUGGCUUGAAAUGAAAUCAGUGGCUA